AGAGCUGGUCACAUGAGAAAACACCUUUCUACUAUUUUCUGGCUCAUUUUAGAGUCAUUUUCACUAGCAAGCGCCCAACGUUACGAUGCAGGAUUUAAAAGGACUUGAACUUGUCACCUUGUUGCUUGUGGCCACCUGUGCAACUGCAGAUCCAUACUGUACCAGUUUACCACCAGGCGUCACUGGCGGUGGACCUCGACUUCCCAUGAUUCCCGGCAGCUACCAAACAAAAAUUGAGGUCAAUGUUGAGAACCAGAGGUCAACAUGGGAUGCCAUGGAGUGGUUCGAUGGCCGGAAUAAUCGUGCCACCAUCAAGAUGACGUCACAGGGGGAGGAGCUGCUACUCAUUUAUAACUACAAAGAUGACCAGAUCUAUAAAAUCAAAGACCGUGCUGUUUGUGAAGUACUGAACAUGACUACAUCAGACACGACCACGCUGAUAGGCAUUGAUUUCAUUGAUGGUCUGCCUCAUGCCCCUAGCGUACAGGAUGCAUUCAGGUUCGGCACCCAAUUUGGACAGCAAUACAUGGGUCAAACUACAGUCAGAGGCAUCUUUGUCGAUCACUGGAGAAGUUGUCAGUACUGGCCCGCCCCUGGACCAAACGCAAACUUCACUUUGGAUUUCUAUUUUGCUGCUUCGAACAACUGGACGAGUGCGAUCGGCUAUCCCCAGAUGCCAGUCAGGGCUGUAGCGACAGGUGUGAUGCCAACAGAAAAUGGUGUCGGUCUCCAGAACUUCAAGAUUAAUUUUGAGCUCAGCGAAUUCAGACCGGUCAUUAUUGAUGACGUCAGCAUAUUCCAGGUUCCUCUGGGUGUGAUCUGCAAAGGCCAGACCCAAGACAAACAGAUUCCACGUCUUCCCGACUUCUUCCACUACAGAGUGGAGAUGGUACAACCAACAGGGCACUUCGUUCAGUUCUACGAAACGUGGUACGAUAAGGCCUACCAGAUCGUGCGACUCGAUUACAGGCCAGUGGUGGCCACUGCUCCCUGGUAUACUACCAACCCGAUCAGAGAGAUACACGAUUACAACACAGGUGUUGCAUACGUCACCGACACGGCUCUAGGUAACUGCACCAUCCGAGCUAUCCAGGGUACAGAGGCAGAUGCCACCUACGAUAUAGAGGAACUGCAGAAGGACGGUGCGACAGUCCUGAGGUUGAAAGCACCUCUCGACUUCCUGUACAUUGAUGCUAGUUACAUUUACAAGGGAAAGACAACUGUCCGUGGUAUGGAUACAGAUGUUUUUAUUGGCCAACGAAAUGAUUUCAAGGGCACGCCAGGCCAGCGGGGGAACACGACAGUAGAGUACUAUUUUCUGACGGAGAACUGGGUUGAGAUCCCUAAUCCUGGUGUUCAGGUUAUGCAAGGGGUUCCGGUGAAGGCCAUUUUCAAGAACGAACUGUCAAACUUCUAUAUGGAAUACCAUUUCAUUGAUUUCGAUGGUGAACAUUCAGACCUUGGCGUUUUUGACGUCUUGACAUGCUUUCCCGAGGAGACACAUAAAAAUGUAGAAAUCACAUUCAAAGGUGAUAUACUACAGUUAAAUAAAGAGAAGAGCAUAUUUCUACAAGAAACCCGUGGAAUCAUCGCUCAAUCGGCUGGCAUAUCUCCAAUCCGAGUACAGCAGCCACAGGUUGACUACUACGUUUUGAGAGGUGAAAUCUACCUGACCAUGACACUGCUGGCGCCAGCGCCCUUCUUUGCACUCUUUAGGCCCGUGGCCAACGCACAGGCCCUUGUGAAAGCUGACUCGGUCUUCACCAACCAAAGUGGCAUAACAUGCGCGCAAAGAUGCUCCCAGGAACUCAAUUAUGUCUGCGAAUCGUUCGAGUCAUGUCCCGCAGCAGAUAAAUGUUACCUUUAUAAAGACUUCGUGGCGUCGACGGAUCUUCGGCCGAGUACUGAGUGUGCACAUUGGACAAGGACCAUAAAAGGCAGUCGUCCUGAGCGUGAACUGGCCCUAGCUUGGAUGGUCAUUAAGAACUCCAUCUACACCAAUAACUUCUUUAUUGAUCUUCCAAUUGGUGCAGGUCAGACGUCUCGCUACACGGCGUUGAGCGCCCGUGAGGACAUCGUCAGGAACGUGAAUCGUGAUGAACGGGGAUCCGCCGUCUCUCAGUUCACGAGUUUUAAAAACAAAGUGAUGAAUCUCAACAACAACAAAAUCUUAAACAAAGUGGUUUCCGUUGAUGACUGUGCUCAGGCCUGCAUUGAUAGUAAGGAGUUUAUAUGUGAGUCGUUUGACUACUGUUACACCGUUGGGACCUGUAUGCUGAGUACCUUGCACCCGGAGCAGCACCAGGAUUUAGUCACUGAUAUUACCUUCUGUGAUCUUUAUGGAAGAAAUUUCAUUAGCAAAUUCCACAAGAAAAGAGGCAAAACGAUUCUAGCUGAUGAACCGACUGCCAGUAGAAAGGUAUCCAGCGCUCAGGAAUGUGCAAAGGAAUGCGUGUUCAGUUCCGAAGUGGACUGCAGGUCCUUUGAUUACUGUGACUACAACGGCUUCAGCGUAUGCCUCUUGGGGACCAGACAUAUAGACGAUGGACCGGCUGAAGGAGUCGUGUCAGAACCUUCUUGUGAUCACUACUCCAGAAAUUACUUCGAUGAUUUCCAGUACGUCUCCGCAAUAGAAACUUCUCUGGAUGGCGGCACGGUUAUCAGCGAUGUCAGCCCUGAAAACUGCGCCAAACUCUGCAUCGAUAAUCUGAAUAAUUCCUGCGCAUCGUUCGAUUACUGCGGCAACACCACACGGUGCUUUUUCCAUGCGAAAGGUUCACAUUCCCACCAGCAGGUGGUGCAGAAAGAUGUAGACUUCUGUAGCCAUUACGAAAGACAAUAUUUCCCCGAUGGGUCAUCUUAUAUACCUGGGCCUGCAGUUACAUCAAUGAGUGGCUACGCUGGAGGUGAGAUGGCAGCCCUGGCGAUUGGAAUGUUGAUCGUUGGUCUCCUUUUCGGUGCAGUCCUUCUGUGGGGAUGUUCCAAAUUACGCUUAAGCAAAAGUGCGGAUAUGCAAAUGAGCUUUGUCAACCCAAAUUCGACUACAUAGGAGAGGCGAUGUUUCAAUGCAACUUACAAUACUACGUGGUCGUCUCAUUCCGAUGGUUGGGAAUAUUGGACAGCUUUCUAAUAAAACGUGUGGAGUUGGAAAAAAACCCAUCAACCGUAAAAGGCCUAGCUACGCCAUUGAAAUUGAGAUAUUUCAAUAAAUAUAAUUUUGUAAAUACACAAUGAAUAUAUGAUACAUGCACAUGUAGGUUUCAUCAUUGGUGUCAUUAAUACACCGAUAUAGAAAAUACUCUAUUGGUAGAUUUGUAUCACGUUGAUAUGACUGGUGCUAAGCAGCGAUGAUGUCUAUUUCAAUAUACAUGUGUACUUGUGGCACAAGAAAAUACAAUAACACU